AUGGCCAGCAAGCCCCUCGCAGGGAAGCUCUUCCUGCUGACCGGCGCCGGCAGCGGCAUAGGGCGCGCCACAGCGAUCAAGCUCGCGAGCCUCGGCGCCCGCCUCGCCCUCACGGACAUCAACCCCGACAGCUGCGCGCAGACGAAGCAGCUCUGCGGCGCGGGCACAACCGCCUACUGCGGCGCGCUGGACGUGACGGCGAGCGAGGCGGUGGCGGCGUGCGUUAGGGACGUCGUGGCUGCCGCUUCUGCCUCCUCCUCCUCCUCCUCCGCCAAUGCUGGCGCUGACGCCCCAGCCGCAUCCGCCGCAGUCCUGCACGGCGUGUUCAACUGCGCGGGCGUCAACCCCACCAGCUACGACCUGACCGACACGGACGACGCGUACUGGGACAAGCUGGUGAACACGAACCUGCGCGGCGUGUACCUCGUAACACGGGCAACAAUGCCGCACAUGGCCACCCCCGGCGGCGCCUACGUCAAUGUGUCGUCCAUCUGCGGCGUGCGCGGCUUCGCGCGCCAGGCCAUCUACUGCGCCACCAAGUGGGGCGUGGUUGGGUUCAGCAAGAGCAUGGCGCUGGAGCUGGGGCCGCGGGGGGUGCGCACGAAUGUCGUCGCGCCGGGGUACAUUGAUACGCCGACGAAUGCGGGGGUGGUCAAGGGUGGGGAUGCUGUGGCGGGGAUGGCGCGGGGGAAUGCGUUGGAGCGGAUGGGGACGCCGGAGGAGGUGGCGGACGUGGUGGCGUUUUUGUUUGGGGAGGAGAGCAGGUAUAUGAACGGGAGUGUGGUCGAGGUUGAUGGCGCGUUGAGGGCGCCUUGA